AUGACAUCUACAAGUGAACUUUUUGAUGUUCUUAUUGUUGGAUGUGGUUCUGCUGGAAUAGCAGCUGCAAUCGAAUUGCAAAAAAUUUCACAAGUAAAAUUUAUUCUACUCGAAGCUCGUAAUCGUGUUGGUGGUCGUAUUGUUACUGAUACAACUACAUUUGGUACAAAUACACCUAUUGAUUUAGGUGCACAAUGGCUACAUCAUUUUCGACCUGAAAAUCCUUUAUAUAGAUAUCAUGAAAUAUCAAAAGAUAUUCAUAUUAGUAAUCAUUUUGUUUUACGUUCAUCAGCAACACCAUUUUUUGAUAUUGAUGGUACAAGAAUAUCUUCUGAUAAAGUUCAUAAAGCGGAAGAAAUUUUUAAUCGAUUAUGUAAUAUUGUUACAGAAUCAUCACUUUCAUCAGAUAAAUCAAUGUUUGAUGUUAUUAAAAGUGAAUAUAUUAAUUAUGUUAAUGAUUCUCAAAUAAAAAGAUUAAUUGAUUUAUUUCUUGGCAUUAUUGAACAAUAUGAAGCAUCCAAUCUUGAUCAAUUAUCAGCUAAAUCUUAUUUAUUAUCGGACAGUGGUAUUGAUGAAUGUAAUGUAUCUAUGCCAGAUGGUUUUGGUACAUUUAUUGAAAACCUUGUCCAACAACAUAAAUUACCUGUUGAACUUAAUACUAUAGUUACUCGUAUAGAUACUUCAUCAUCAGAUUCAAUUGUUCAAAUAUAUACAAAAGAUGAAAGAUUAUUUCUAUGCAAAUACGUUCUUAUUACAAUUCCGCUUGGAUGUUUAAAAGCUCAUACGAUUGAAUUUAUACCAAGUUUACCUGAAUGGAAACAAAAUGCAAUCGAAAUAAUGGGUGUAGGUUUCUCAAAUAAAAUCUUUUUACAAUUUCCAUUUGUUUUUUGGGAUCCAACAUGGUCGUCAAUAUUUUGUACAUCACCACAAUAUCGUUUUAUUCUAUGUCGACCUAAUGAUUGUAUGCUUCAAAUUAAACUUGCUGCUCGAAUAGCAUUAGAAUUUGAAGAAAGAAAUGAUAAAGAAAUAAUUGAUGAAGUUAUGAUAUUGCUAAGAACUAUAUUUUCAGACAGAGAUGUACCUGAACCAACUCGAUUUCUUAUUACUAAAUGGAAUCAAGAUGAAUUUUCAAAAGGUGCUUAUUCUAAUUUCGCUGUUGAUGCAGAUAAACAAACUUUAAUUGAUCUUGCUCGAGAAUGUAAUGAUCGAAUAUAUUGGGCAGGUGAACAUGCAAAUUGUGACGGAACAAUUGGUUGUGUGGAUAGUGCUUUUGAAAGUGGAGAACAUGCAGUCAAAAAAAUAAUACAAAAAAUAAAGCAAUAG